AAUAAAGUUGCUAUGUUCAUAACCCUAUAAAAAUGGCAGCCUUUAUGUCGUAAGCUUUUCUUUUUCCAUGAAAAGUUUUCAAUACAAUCUAUUGAAUGAUUUAUAAUGCCAUUCGAUACUUAUUCUAUGUUUAAUCGGUUUUAUAAAAAGAAAAACAAUAUUAGGUGUUAAAUAUUACUAUGAUCUUUGUAUUUUUAGUGGCGUAGAGUACAAUCAAAUGCAUAACAACUCCAACGAAGACGAAACGAGUACUUCGGGUAUAGCAACAGAAAGACAUAAUAUGAGCGCUGGUACAGCGUCACUGGAGCGCGAGUUGGCGAGCACGCGACGGUUGUUAUGGGGCGACAAUGUGAAAGAGGACGUAUUUAGACGCUGGGCGCAGGGUUUCCAGUUCAGUACUGAGGAACCGAGCGCUCUCAUCCAACAAGAAGGCGGCCCGUGCGCUGCUAUCGCGCCAGUGCAAGGAUUCCUCCUCAAAAUACUAUUAUCAGAGACUCCUGGCCACAGUCUACAUGACUUGACCUCUGAGAAGUGCAAUUCUCUACUUGUUAGGGCUGUGUGUAUGAUAUUAAGCCAGUGUCUAGCCCCUAAGUACAAUGUUGCGGUGUAUCGCAAGGGUGAACCCGGCGCGGAAGGCAGUUCUAGCGUCAACGUCAGUGCAGAAGAACAGUCCUGUGAUGCUAUCGAGUAUUUCCAUAGACGUCUGGAGGUGCAUUCGUUUCAAACCUUAUCAGAAGUGGAAUCAUUUUAUACAAGGAACAUUCGAAUCUUGAAGGAUAAAUAUGGUGUACUUCUUUUAUUAUAUAGUGUCAUUCUUAGCAAAGGAGUGGAAACAGUAGAGGCUGAAUUAUCAGAAUUGUCAGAUCCACUUAUACAUUCUACUUAUGGUUAUGGAUCACAGGGGCUUAUAAAUCUCAUGCUCACAGGCAGAGCUGUAGCACACGUAUGGGACCAUGAUCAAGUUGUAGGUGGACUCCGAUUAAGAGGAAUUGAGAGGCAAAAUGAUAUAGGCUUUCUUACUAUAAUGGAACACAUGCAAUAUUGUACCGUAGGUUCCUUUUAUAAAAAUCCCAAGCAUCCUGUGUGGGUUUUGGCAUCAGAAACACAUUUAACUGUACUCUUUUCAAUGGAAAGACGUCUUGCAGCUCCUGAAACAGUUGGAGAGUCGGCCGAGAGAAUAUUCCGGUCUUUUGAUCCGGAAGGCAAUAAUUUUAUUCCAUCGGCAGCUCUACAAGACGUUUUGUGUGCUGCUGACCUCGUCAGUGAACCUGAAUAUGUGGAAUUGAUGAGACGAAAGUUAGAUUCUGAAAAUCUAGGUAUCAUAUUAUUGAGUGCAUUUAUGGACGAGUUUUUCCCUGGUUGUGAGCGCGGUGCUCCCGACACAUUCACUCUGCAUCAUUAUAAUGGGUUGUCGCGCAGUAAUCCUGGAGGUAGAGUGGUUUACCGCACAGGACGAGCUGCCCUGCUCGAGUGCCCCAUGAGAGCAGCCACCACCGACCCCAUGCUGACAUGUUUACAAACAAAGUGGCCUAGCAUUGACAUUGUUUGGGACGAUGGGCAGUCGCCUUCCCUCAAUUAGCACAAGAUACAUUCAGAACUUUUAUGUGACAAAGUGAGGAGAUGAAACAUAAUUUUGAAUAUGUUGCUAAAAAUUCCAUUACUUUAUGAUUUAUUUUUAUGUAUAGAAAUUAACGUAUUCAAAGGUCCCAGGCGAGUUGUCUUGUUAGGCAGCUAUUUUCCAUAAAUUUGACAAUGUAUUGAUAUUGGCCACAUUUGACAAUUGAGGUCCUUUAAACUAUGCUGUGCAAUAAAUUACUUAUUGAUAACAUAUAAAGUUCAUUUUUCAAUUUAUAAUGCAGUUAAGGUACAAUUUUGUAAAUUGAAAUUCAAUGUAAAAUUUUAUUGAGGUAUCAGUUGAAAGGUCCUCUUGAAUUGUCACAACAAAAACCCUUAGAUAUUUAGAACCAUAGCCUUGCACUAAUAGAUUGAACUUCACUGUGUGGUAAAUAACAUUAAAAUAAGUCAUUGUAAAACGGGUGCAAGUAACGAGCAUGCCUCUUUAAUAUUAUGUAUGAUGUUGAAGUGUUUUGGAAGCAAGCUAGCAAAUUUUAUAUUAUAGAACAGAGUAUGUGUAUGGAAUGUCACCUGAUAAAGGAAAAUAAGGUAUUUAUCUUGGGAGAAAGACUCCUUGAUGCUCUUUAUUUGCACCUGUAAAGACUGGACUGUCUCCAGACACCUUUUUCUAACAUAACAUAUAAUGUUCAGGACUUACAUUUUGUAUUGUAUUGUUUAUAAUGUCCAAGUUGUGGAAUUGAUAUUGUGGCCGAUUGACUUGCAACAGACACUUGUUAAUUAUUUGUAAUGUACAGAACAACUGCUUGGCAAAAAUGUUUUGAGACAAAAUUGCCUCGUAGGAAGGUUAAGGUUUUGUUAUAAUAUUGAUUAUAACUAUUAUAAACAUUGAAUUUUUUUGUAACUUUUAGUAUCAAAGUAGUAUUUUCUGGUAACUUUUUGUAACUAGAUAUGAUCUUAUGAUGAUAAUAUACUACCUGUAAACAAUUUUUUUUUUUUUUUUUCAUAAGAUUGAUGUUUCUGUUCAAUUUUGUGGCACACCAUAAAAUAUGAUCCCUGCAUUGUAGCUUAUCAUUUUGGUUGAUCAAAAUUAAGGGUAAUUUAACACAUUGUUGUAAGAUUACAUUUGUUGUAAGAUGUGUGAUAAAUAAUUUUGUGGCUGUGAAUAAAAAUACACUUUUGUAUACUCCAGAAGGUAAAGCAAUUGAAUUAUGGAAAUAUUGUGUUCUUAACACCUUUUUUCAGUUCACAAAGUUAUUUUUAUCUGUACAUUACAAAUUUAUCUAUUUUAAAGGACUAGUAAAUUAAUAUAAGAUCUGUCAUGGAUUUGGGUAGCAGAUUUCUUUUUUAAUAUAUCAUUUACUUUGUAAUUAAUAUUUUACCUUAUUUAAGGUAUUUUUUGUAUAGACAAUUAUUUCUUUGGCAAUAUUCUGUGUUUGUUAACAACAUAAUUCAGAUUCAUGUAAAAUAGCUGUUCAUUUGUCUUGUAAUAUAUAUCGGAAAAUAUGUUCAGUUAUAAAAAAAUAGUGGAACAUGCUUUUUAAUUAUAA